AUGUUCGGAGCGCUGGGAGCACCGUCCCGGUUCCUGGUCUACAACGUGGCUAUUCCGUUCCUUCUCACCAAAUAUCUCAGCGUGGGCAUAUUCGGUUCACGCAUCAUGACAAUGAUGAUGUGGCUCACUGUGCUCUGUAUUCUGCGCGUCUUCUACUCCAUAUUCCUGUACCCCGAAUACUUUAGUCGCUUCCGUCAUAUUCCAACCCCAAAGGAACGCUCAUGGCUUUGGGGAAACUGCCCUCCCCACUUCGCUGAGCCUAUAGGCAUGACGCUUAGAAGGAUCAACGAGACGGUUCCAAAUGAUGGAGUGAUUAGAGUUUACGACUUCCUAUGCCAAGAACGCUUGUUGCUAACCGAACCCAAAGCCUUUGGGGAGGUGCUUGUGCAGAACCCCUAUGUAUUCACCAAGACUUUCCAGCUCAAGUACAACGUCUCCCGCCUUAUUGGCGAGGGGCUCGCCUGCUCAGAGGGAGAAGAGCAUCGUCGACAACGCAAGCACCUGAUGCCGGCGUUUUCCUACCGCCAUAUCAAAGAGCUCUACCCAUCUAUUUGGCUCAAGGCCGCCGAGCUUGUGUCUUGUCUAGACAAGGAGAUUACCGGGCCAGAUGGCAAGCCCAACAACAAGGUGAUCAACAUGAAGGACUGGGCCAGCCGGGUUACGUUGGACAUCAUCGGCGUGACGGGAAUGGGCUGCGAUUUCCAGUCGCUGCGGAAUCCAGACAACGACCUCGCGCUUGCGUACAGCAACCUCUUUCUACCGCUCCCCAAGAACUUCAAAUACUUUGCUCAGAUCGACAAUUUUAUUAGUCCGCGCAUUAUCUCGCGGUUGCCUUCCGAGUACAACGACAUCCUCACAGCCAACUCGCAAUAUGUCCGUAGAAUUACGACUGGCAUCAUCGAGAAGAAGCGUCUUCAACUUCGCUCGCAGCCGGAAGUCAAGAGUGUUGACAUCAUUUCGCAGGUGCUCCGAAGCGACGACGCCUUCAGCAACGACAACAUGGUCGAUCAGGUAAUGAGUUUCUUGGCCGCCGGCCAUGAGACCACGUCGACCAGUUUUCAAUGGGUGAUGCUCGCCCUGAGCCGCCACCCGCAUGUGCAGGAGCGGCUGCGUGCCGAGAUACACGCUGGCCUUCCCGUGUCCUGCUUUCCUGAUCAAGACCAGGGCAGCCAAGGAGCCACAACACCAACGGCCGCCAUGAUCGAUGCGCUACCGUACCUCAAGGCGGUAUGCAGCGAGGUCUUGCGGUGCUUUCCGCCGGCACCGCAAACCCUCCGCGUCUCCGACUAUGCCGACGGCUACAUCCAAGGCGAGUUCAUCCCCCGCGGCACCAACCUCCUCAUCGCUCCGCAGGCCGUCAACUACGACCCCAAGCUCUGGGGACCAGACGCCGGCGACUUCAACCCAGAUCGCUGGAUGGCACCCGGGCAGGCCAAUUCGGGCGGCGCCGCGAGCCCGUACGCGCUAAUGACCUUCUCACAAGGCCCGCACGGCUGCAUUGCCGGCGGUUUUGCACGCGCCGAGCUCGCAAUAUUGACCGCGGCGUUUGUCGGCUCGUUUAGGUUUAAGCUGGAAGAUCCAGACUACAAAAUCGAGUAUGACCAGAGUGUCACCAUAUCGCCCAGCGGUGGUAUCCGUAUAUACCUGGAGAAGUGCCUGCCGCUGGAUAGCCAGUAG